AUGGACCAAUGGCCUGCAUACUCCGAGCCGUCCGGCAAUGGCUCACGGCAGUAUAAUGGUAGCAACCAUGUUGGGCGGGAAUACAGUAGUGGCGGUCCGUCGCAGCAACAGCAGCAGCCGCCACCGCAGCAACAGCAGCAGCGCGCCCCGCCUUCAUCGCAGCAGUACUCGGGAGGCGGCGGUGCCGGUCUGACCGCGCAGAACCUGCCAGGCUCGCCCAUGAUCACGAGCCCGCAAGCCAUCCGCGACAACAAUGGCGACAUCCCAAUGCACGACGCCGCCGCCGCCGCAGCCGCCGCCGCCGCGUCUGGUGGGAACCACGAUCCCUACGCUGGCGUCAAGUAUCCCAUCCGCCCCCACCAUCAUCAUAGCCUGUCCAGCAGCGGCCCUCUGGGCGGUGGCCGCUCGUCGGGCCUGCACUCGCCUCACGAGCUUUCCCAGGCGGCCCAGCGCUACUCGCCCAUGGAGGCGCUCUCGCCCACCUCUCCGUACACCCCCUACGCCCCGAAAUCCGGACAGACCUCGUCUUCGGCCGCCCAAUACACUCCGGCUGGCCAGCAACAGACGCAGCGUCAGUCACCCGCUCGGCCGCAGGACGGCUAUGCACCCCAGAGCAGCCCAUAUCACCCUCAGAGCCCGUACUACGGUGGCGGCAGUCGCCAGCCAUCCCAGGGCCCAUCCCAGCAGCAGCAGCCACCACCAUUGCUGAACUUGAUACCCGUCGGCAGCGACCUCUACUCGCCGGCGUCGAGCGCUCUCUCGCCCAUGGACAGCACGUACGGCGACCAUAAAUCGCCUCGGCGGCCACAGUUGCCCGCCAUGACGCUGGCCAACAGCAGCGGUGGCAGCAGUCAUUCUGGCGCCAAGCCGCCUUCAAGCGUCGUUCCCGAGUUUAAGAAGCUCCGGGCCGUCAACGAACUGCGGCCCACUGUCAAUACCCAGCCGCCGUUCCGGCGAGCGAACCCUGAGGGCGGAUUCAUCAGCCCCCUGCAAGCUCUCACUGUCCAUUUGCCGGCGACCUACCGGAUUUGCAACCCCCAUUUCAAAUACGAGUCGUCGCGCAAUCCACGGCGAGUGCUCACCAAGCCCAGCAAGGGUCUCAAGAACGACGGCUUCGACAACGAGGACAGCGACUACAUCCUCUACGUGAACGACAUUCUCGGUUCCGAAGAAGCGGGACACAAGAACCGCUACCUCAUUCUCGAUGUUCUUGGCCAAGGUACUUUCGGCCAGGUGGUCAAGUGCCAGAAUCUCAAAACACAAGAAGUCGUUGCCGUUAAGGUCAUCAAGAACAAGACGGCCUACUUCAACCAGAGUAUGAUGGAGGUGUCUGUCCUGGAUUUGCUCAACACGAAGCUCGACAAAAACGACGACCACCAUCUCCUCCGCCUGAAAGACACAUUCAUCCACCGGCAGCAUCUUUGUCUCGUGUUUGAGCUCCUGAGCGUCAACCUGUACGAGCUGAUCAAGCAGAACCAGUUCCGCGGUCUCAGCACAACGCUCGUGCGCGUCUUCGCGCAGCAGCUCCUUAACGGCCUUGCCCUGCUCAACAAGGCUCGCCUCAUCCAUUGCGAUCUGAAGCCGGAGAAUAUUUUGCUUAAGAACCUCGAAAGUCCCAUCAUCAAGAUCAUCGAUUUCGGCUCCGCCUGCGACGAACGCCAGACGGUUUACACGUAUAUCCAGUCGCGCUUCUACCGCUCACCCGAGGUCCUGCUGGGCCUACCAUACUCCUCAGCUAUUGACAUGUGGUCGCUCGGCUGUAUCGUCGUCGAGCUGUUCCUCGGUCUGCCCCUGUUCCCGGGCUCGUCUGAGUACAACCAGGUUAUGCGCAUUGUCGAGAUGCUUGGCAACCCGCCAAACUGGAUGAUCGAGAUGGGCAAGCAGGCCGGCGAGUUUUUCGAGCGGCGCGCCGACGAGUUUGGCCGUCGCACCUAUCAGCUCAAGUCGAUGGAGCAAUACUCACGGGAGCAUGGCACCAAAGAGCAACCUAGCAAGCGCUACUUCCAAGCCACGACGCUUCCCGAGAUCAUCAAGACGUACCCUAUGCCACGGAAGAACAUGAAGCAGAGCGAGAUCGACAGAGAAAUGAACAACCGCGUUGCGUUCAUUGACUUUGUCCGGGGCCUCCUGACGAUCAACCCUCUGGAGCGAUGGUCGCCACAGCAAGCGAAGCUACAUCCCUUCAUUACACAGCAGAAAUUCACCGGCCCCUUCGUCCCGCCCAUGAACCUGAAGUCGAGCUCCCUGAACCGGUCACCGGCUCCCGGCACACAACAGCAGCAGCAAGCCGAGGCCAUCAGCAAGCAGCGGGCCCAGGCUGCGCAGGCACAGGCAAACACCGCUGCCCAGAACGCCUACGCGAUGAGCGCCAACUCAUACCAGCAACAACAACAACAGCAGCAACAACCGCCGGCGCCCCAGGUCCAACAUGGCCAGCCCGGCCUCCCUCUCUACAACACCGGCAACAUGUACGCACCCAGCAACAGCCACGUCCAAGCACAACCCCAGCCGCCGCCAUACGCCGGGGCACCCCAGAACCCGUACGCCGGCAUGGGCAUGGUACAACAAGGCCCGCCACAAAUAGCCUCGGCCGGCGGCUACGGGUCGUCCAUGGGAGGCGCACCUCAGAACCCGUACCAGCAGCAGCAGCAGCAGCAGCCAAACGCUGCGGGGGCACGCUCUAGGCAGCGCGCGUCGACAAUGGAGCAGCAGAUGAGCGGCAUUCCGGCGGCGAUCCAGCGAGUUGCCAGCCACCUUGACCCGACGCAGCCCAUUCGCCUGCAGCCGAGCCCGGCCUACUACCCGCCGCCAUCAGACGGCAUGGGUUUGGACCAGUCCGGCCGGCCGGUCCGCCGCGGCAGCCGUACCACGCAGAUGGGACCUGGUCCGAGCGGCAUGGGCGCCGGCGGUGAGGUGGGUGCCGGUGGCAUGGCCGGUGGAGGUAUGAGCGGCAGUGGCAACUCAGGCCGUGGCGGCAGCAACCGCGACUUUAUUCGCAACCUAGAGGAGCGGACUCUGGAGGAAGGCUUUAUGGGCGGCAACGGUACUUGGCACUAA